UUGUCCUAUCAAAGUUGGAGUUUCCCAAGGAAGUGUAAUAGGUCCGAUAUCAUACCUACUGUAUACAAGUGAUAUCCCAACCCAACGGAAAACACUUUAACUGCAACAUUUGUUGACGGUACAGCAAUACUAAGUGCACACAAAAACCCCGCAAUAGCACAACGUAUGCUACUACUUGCUACUACUUGCAUACAAAAUUCUGCUACACAAGUCGAUAAUAAGACCUAUGUGAAGUUACCGAGUUCAAAUGUGGGGAACAGCGAUGACAUCAAAUAUUGUAAAACUGCAAAGGCUCCAAUCUAAAAUCCUGAGAAUUAUAACAGGUGCACCGUGGUUUAUAAAAAAUGCUAACCUUCAUAGAGACUUGGGCUUACCAACAGUAAUAGAAAAAGCUGCUCGAUGUAGCCAUAAUAUGUUUUUCAUUUUUAAGUCUGACGUAAUACUACAUAUAUUUGUGGUCUUGCUGUUUAUCCCGAUAUUUAAUAGCUAUCCUAUAUUCAAUCAACCGGAUCUAAAACACACCAAUUACUUAUCAUUAAAUAAUGAUUUGCAAACACCCUUCAUGGACGAAACUAUAGAAGAAGUGCGACAGUUGUGGGAACAGGAUAGUAACUUACCUCGUUUAACCAGGGGUGAAAUUCAGGAACUCUAUGAAAAAAUAAAACGCGAGGAUUUUGAGACUACCAAGAAAGUUCGUGAUUUAACUCGAGCUGAAGGAGUACGUGCCUUAAUGUUGGUGUUACCUUACAAUACGGAUAAUAAAACCAAAGAAAAUUUGCAAGAUUUAUACACACGCCCUCCAGUAACGAAAGUUAUUAAUAUCUAUGCACAACCACAACCCAUAAAAUUCGUUACUCCUGAUCCAAAUACUGUAACUAAAAACGAAAUCCCAAGCAUACUAAAUUUGGCUGCUACUACUUACAAGCCAAAUUAUUCAAAAAAAAAUGUAAUUGUUACUGCAAGUCCUAGUACGUCUCAUCCUCCAACGCAACCUGUAAUAAAAAAACUAUCACCAAUAAGAACCGAUUUAUCAGCAUUUCAACCAAUUACAAAUUCUACUGAUUAUAAUACAAAGUAUCUUAUAUCAAAACCGAAGUCAACUCAUCGUUACAGUAGUCAUUACAAUGCUAAGGACAUUGAAUUUUCAAAACUUCCAAUUCAAAUGAACACCAAACCUUUUAUUAAUACUGUUAAACCAGUUUUUGAAGUCCUAAAAACUUUAGGUAUUGUAGAUCAAAAAAAUGGUUAUCACCAACCUCUUAUUGAUGACUUCUUCCAAGCAGAGAGUGCACCUAAACCUGUCGUUAGUAGUUUUACUGUUAAGAAUCAUCAAAGUGCAACUCAAAAAAUAAGGUCAGAUGCUUAUUUAAAUUUUAAGCCACUUAACAUUGGUGAAGAAAUUCGAAUAAAACCAGAAGUUGAAGGAUAUCUGACGAGAUUUGGCAUUGUUGGAGGGCGACAAUUCAAAGAUUUGAAUAAAAAAUCAUAUGUGAGUGGCAGUGAUAAGCAAGCUAGUGAAAAAAGGGAAGUAGUAGCUCAAGUAGCAAACAGAGAAGGCAACAAGUCGAAGAAAAGUACGUUAAUUGACAAUACAGAACUUGAGAAACUUAUACAAAAUUUGCAAGAGUUAGAGCGUUUAAAUAAUAAUGCAAAUACUUUAACUACAUCAGCAAUUUCAUUACCAACUUCAACUCAAGCAACAUCACGACUUUCGAACGUAUUAACCAUAAAUGGAGAAUCAUCACUAAAUGAACCAAAUAAACUUCGCCGAAGGAUUGAUCCUAAUAUUGAUACAAACGAUAAUAGACAAAUUGACAAUAAUAAAUCUGACGAGGUUGCAAAAUUACUGGAGAAUUUACAAGAACUAGAGAAACUUCGAAUAAAUCCACAAAAUGCUCUUCAAUUAGUUGUACCUACAAAUAAAACAGUUAACCUUUUUAAUAGAUCUGAUGCAAUCAUAACUCAAACAAGUUUGCCAAUUAAAAGUCAAACUUUAACCAAUCGCUUUAAUGACCUCAUCUUGGAACAGCAGAGCCAGCAACAAACACAUUCUCCUAAAUUAAGCCAAAAUUUGGAAGUGGCAGAAUCUGAGAGUAUAGAAAAACCAACUGUUCAACCAAAACUACAACAACCGCGUACUCGAGCUAAUUUUUCACCAACAGAUUUUUUACAACUACAAAAAAUACUUAGUAAUGAAAGUGAGUUGAAACGCUUAUAUGAACAAGUACGCUUAAGAACUACACCAAAAACUACCACCACCACCACUAUCACCAUUCCCACAAAGAAACCCAUUUCAUCCAACCAAAACGAUUUGCAACUAUUACAAAAAUAUUUAGCAGAAUUGAAUAGGGCAAGUUACACUACUGAAGCACAAAGUACAAGUACUAUUAGCUUGAAAACUUUGCCACCCAGUAUAAUAACUACACCUAUGCCAAGUGUAGAUAGAAAUAACUAUUCUAUACUUAUGAGUCAAAAGCCCAACGCCGCUUCUAGUUCUGAUGAUCUGCAUAAACUGAUUGGUAGAAUACAGCAGUUAGAAAGUUUCAACAUUCAACCAAAUGAAAACCAGAGCACAGAAUUACCACCGCAUCUUGAUUUUAUUAGCCGCAAUGUUAAAGCAGAGGCAACAGCUAAUGACUAUCAUGUGCCCAUCAAUGAUUUUGCUCAACUUCAACAGCUUUACAAACAAACUCAUUAUGAAGAUCAAGCACCGCUCGAUAAAGCAGAAAUCCCUACAGCAUUGACUGCAUCCGGGUUUCUUGAAGAACUAAAAACACCAAAUGAAAACAAUGAAACUGAAUCUGGAAGUAGCUUACAAAAAGUAGACCCAAAUGAAUUCAUCCAACUACAAAAGCUACUUAGCAAAGUACAAGAAUUAGAACGCGUGAAGCUUAAAACAGAUGGUUCUGAAGCUGAAGUAAUUCCAACUCCUAUUAGAACAAAAUCUCAGCGAGAUGCAAACCUUGUAUCAAAUAUGCUAACAGUCGCUUCUACAUCAUCUAUAAAUGCUACAAAAAUCAGUAAUAGUCAUACCGUUUAUCCCGAAAAUCUAAACAGUUAUAAAUACUUAGAAGAUUUACUCUUUAAAGAAGCAGAUUUAGAAAAUUUGAAAUUAAACUUGUCAAACCAUGAAGUGACAACAUUUGAACCAAAUAUUGUACAAAAUACAAGUUUAGUUUGGAAACAAACAACCAAUGAAAAAAUUGAUGAAUUAGAUCAUGUCUCAUUAUCAAAUCCAGACAAAUCUAAGUAUACUCAUCCUAUGGAUGCUGAAACAGAGUCAAAUAAGUACAUAUAUUCUUCUACGGCCGAUAAAACAGCAACAAAAGAGGUACCAAAGUUUAUUUCCAUACCCAAACGUGAGGAGUAUGAUAAAAUAAAAACCUCGAACAUAAAACAAGACAACUCAGAGGCGUUACAAAAACUCCUAAACAAUGCUCAAAGGCUGGAAAAUCUUAGUAUCAUACUGCCUAAAAAAUUGUCUGAGCAAUUAGAAACCAAACCAAUAGAAAGUAAUUCUCGUGAAACAAUCUUUCAAAAGUUACCAAUAUACAUAUAUUCUGAUAACAAAACAGCUACCAACAUUUUAAAUUUACAUAAAAACUUCAAUUUAGAUAUGUCGAGUAAAGAAGAACUUGAUAGCAUGAAACAGAAAACGGUCGUUUUUUCACUAACUACCAUGAAAUCUCCCCUACCUAAAUUACCUAAAACAACUACUGAAAGCACAGUGCAGUUGCCAAUAUUUAGUGCUACAAAAAUUAUUGAAGAUGCUAUUAAGCUCGCAGCAAAUAAAAUUGGAGUUUCUACUGAGCAUCCUCAAGGUUUUCGAAGGCGCAGUGAUGUUUAUGACAACAAAACAACCGUUAAAGACAGUGAUCUAAUAGGAGAAUUUAGUGAUAUGCACUAUCAAAUUGCUAUACCUGACAUUAAUCAUGAACUUAGGGAAAAAUCAACUGAAUUAUUAGCAGAGCAAAAACCAUCUGACUCUAUUAAACAAAACAUAUUUGAACGUGAAAUUAAAAAAAGCGAAGAUAUUAAAAAAAAAAGUACAACAGCAGAAUCGAAAAAAUCCGAUUUAAGCGAAUUGCAACGAUUAGUCAAUAAUUUGCAAGAGCUAAAGAAACUCAAUAUCAAUAUAACAUCAGAUAUGAUCAAGCAGUUAGACGAAAAAUAUUUGGAGGAAUUUAAACACAUUCAUCCUAUUAAUGACGAUCAAAAAAAGAGUCGUCGGCAAAGUGAAGAUAUAUCAACAUAUACAACAAGCGAUCUGCAAGCUGGCACAGUAGAAUCCUAUUCUACAAAGAACAUAAAGGAUAUGAAGGAUAUUACAGCGGGUCCUUUAAAGUUUAACUUUGGUCUUAGCUUUAAUGAUUCAGAUAGGGAUGCUGUCAUUCUAUCAAGUAAUAAGGACAUACUAGCUAAAAGCAGCCCUGUAAAUGCAACUGAAGAAUCUCAAAGUAGUUCUUUAGCGGACUUAGAAGACUCAUUUGGUCCAGAUCCAAAUAAAGAAGAAACUUUACCGCCUAAAAAGAAAAAUGGUUUCUACUUUCUAGCAGACUGGAACUCGUUUUUAGAAGUGGGUGACGGUGAUGAUCAAGUCGUAGUAAAGUUAGAUCCCAAAAUUGGUGACCCGCGAUUAUUUUUACCUAUUAAAGUACCAUAAAAAUAUAAAAAUUUUAGAUAAAUAUGUAAAUAUUUAAAAUAAGUUAUGUAGGUUCUUAUACGAAUAUAAUUACUUUUAUAUAUUUGUAAUUAGUGAAAUAUGCGAUGAAUUAUGCAUUUAUACGUCGAAACAAAUCUUAAGCAUGUUUACCUUACAUGAAUUAAAUUUAAUAAAUUUAUGUUACUGAAUUAAAUUAUUUAAAGUCACCUCACAAAGUUAUAAAUUCGAAUCAGUUUUUAUAUAUGAAAUUUGUAUUUUUAUAAUUAAGACUAGCUGACCCGGAGAACUUCCUAUCGCGUAACAGCUAAUGAAUGUUGUAUUAAAUUUCAGGUAAACUAAAUUUAGAAAUUUAUUAACGUAAUAAAAUGAAUACAAAAAAUUUA